CCAGUUUAGUGCCGACCGGGUCAUUAGCCACAACCUCGCACUUGUUACUAGCAGAGUGAAACAAUUGACCAAGAUGGGUGUCCGCUUUGUGUGUAUAUAUGUAGGUAGAUGCCCCUCAGUGAAUUCUGUCUUCCUGCGAUCGGAGUAUUACAAGGUCGUGUUCUCAGGCUGUAUCAUGGGAUGCAGGCAGGCCCUCGCCCACCGGCAGUGAUGGCUCCAGGCCUGCAGCAUCAACAGGAGAUUUCACAUUCAUUGCCCUCGUGAGAAUUGUCGAAGCCUCCGACGUGGCGGGGCAAUAUGGCCAACAUGGAGAACGCAGCCGACGACAUUGAGCACCUGGCCCACGAGGGCGUUGAGCUCCUGCUUCGUUCUAAGCUUCAAGUUUUCAGAAGAGGCUCUGCUGAUUCUACCAUUACCGGAAGUCCGCUCUUGCUCAUUAGCGUGACUAGUGCCAUAGGUGGAUCAAUAGUCCUCCUUCUACUCAUUUUCGCAAUUCGGAGAAGAAAUGCAGCUGCCGCUGCCGCUCGUAAGACGCAACUGGACGAUCCACUACCGGCAAAGUCCAAAAAAACGCGGCAGGAAGGCAUCACAGCACUGCCUAUGUAUCGCCAAGACUGCUUAGCGAGUACCAUUAGUCCUUCAGCUGUGCCGGAUAUUCGAUCUCCUGCCAUUGAGCACUUCGAGGCUGGACACGCGCGGAAUAGAAUCAGCGAGAAAGAGACCAUUGCGACGCAAGUUAGGACAGUCGAGGAGUCCCCUUCGGAAGAGAAGGCGGGUAUGUCAUCGCAAUUAGGCCACCUUGAGCCAGUGCUCAAACCGCAUCACGAGGGCGAUGACUUUAUCCCGCCGAAGGCGCUUCAAAAACCAAAGAAUAAGAUCAAGAAUAUGGUUGCGAAAGGAAUCGCCUCAGCUAGGAUUCAGCGUGACCUAGAGAGUCAAUGUGGCCAUGGGACGCGGCCCGGGCUCGAGGACGACCGAUGGAGUUGGACCAAUUCUCAAGCACCCACCACUCCACGUGUCAGGGCCUUCAGCAAGCGGUUUUCAAAAUCGACAAUGGACAGUCUACCACCGCUGCCUGUUGCACAAGCAUCAAUGCUCAUACAAAACGCUUCUCAGAAAGCGCACAUCGCGGCUGCUAGCCAACAGACCCAUAACUCAUUGGCUCAGCAAUCAGGCGAGCAGAGCUCAGGCACGAUGUCGCCAUCCAACAGGCAGAACAGCGGCAGUGAUGAAUAGCCAGAUGCGAUGACGAACACGUUUGCUGUAUUCCCCCUAACGGACGAUUGAUUGCGACAUUGUAUGAUAAAAUGUGGAAAAAAAGUGAAUUGAUGUACUGUAAAGGUUCCAUGUUUCCCUUUUGCAGGCUCCGUCAAGACGCGUAUGUAUUAUGGUGGGCACAAUGACAUCAGUGCUCGUGCUUCUCAUGAGAAUGCGCCGCACGUUACUGGACCGGAACUCCUGGCCCUGCUCAAGAGGAGGUCGUUCUGCCAGAUGUAUCGCAGUCAUUUCCUGCGCAAGCACAGUCGUAUAGUAAAUGCAGACGUUGCGCGGCAGGGCGACUGCCAUCAUAUUUUGUACUUCUAGAUCAUAAUGAGUCAUUGGUGGUGCUGGUUCACGUCUGUUCCGCAUGUGGCACGCGAUCUUUUUGAAAUCUCGGCCCCACGUAAACGGGAGGACAUCGAGAUACCCAGGAUUUCU